CCUGUCGCUUGCUUGCCUCAGUUACUACUCUGUCCUCAGACCGGAGCGAUGCUGUUCCGACCGGCGCUGCUGGCCGUUGCCACUCUCAUCGCAUCUGCAAAGUUAUCGACAGCGCAGUCCCCCGGAUACUAUGGCAAAUACAUAGGAAAGCUGAAGACGCUACAUCACAGUGUCACUGGUGAGGUGUUUGCUGUCGACGCCCGAACACUGCACAUAAGAGACUUCACUUACGACGGGGAAGGUCCAGCGGCCUUUUUCUACGCUGGCAAUUCGAAAUCCCCGAGUGCAUCUGGAUUCAGGAUACACGACGAGAACGGAUCGCCACGUCGUCUGGGGCGGUACCUGAAGAAACACGUGACAAUAACCCUUCCGGACAGCAAGACGCUGCACAACAUCAAAUGGCUUUCGGUCUGGUGCGACGAAUUUUCGGUCAAUUUCGGAGAUGUUAAGAUCCCGAAGAACCUGGACUACCCCAGACCCCAGAAGAUCAACCAGCUGAACGGCGUGCACCUUGUGUCGUCCGACCCCAUCGUCGUGGUGGACGCACAGACCCUGCUCAUACCAAACUUCUCUUACGACGGCGAGGCGCCCGAUGCAAAGUUCUGGGUGGGGCGAGGCGGCAGACCGAGCCCACAAGGCGUCAGGGUACCCGACGAGAACGGGAAGGAGGUUCCUCUGCGACGGUACGACGGCAAGACUAUCGUCCUCACCCUGCCAGGAGACCUCACAGUGUUUGACAUCGGCCACUUCGGCGUGUGGUGCGAAGCCUUCACCGUCGACUUCGGCCACAUCACCAUCCCAGCUGGUCUGAACGUCCCGCCGUCGCUCAAGAUGCUAGGCGUCGCUCCACAGUCGAAGCUGAACUGCGAGGUGCUGUGGGACGACCUUGCGUUUGAGGUGCGCUGGGCCGUGGCGGGAGACAGCAUCGUGUUGCAGCUGGUCAGUAAACUAGAGGAUGGCGAGUACAUGUCUUUCGGUCUGUCCGGGGAUGGAACGCGGAGCAAGAUGAUUGGAGGAGACGUCGUCGUGGCUUGGGUGGACAAGGCCACGCUCAAAGGCUACGCCGUCGACUACUUCUUGGACGCGAAGUCUCAGUGCGCCGGUACCAGGGGCAGCUGCCCCGACGAGAGGCUCAGGGAGGGCACUAACAGCGUGCGGCUCUUGAACGCUGCCAUGGUCAAUGGAUACUCCAUCGUGACGUGCCAGCGACCCUUGAAGGCGCAGGACGAACUCGACCUCGACAUCGUGACGAACGGCAGCCAAGCCGUCAUCUGGGCCGUCGGGCCUCUCAACUCCAGGAACGAAGUCUCUUACCACAGUCUCACGAACAAGAGAGACGUGCUGCUGGAUUUCGGCCGAGCACCCAAAUGGAACUGCCCGAUCCCUGACCCGGACACAACCACCGCGAGGAAGCAGACACCUGCAGCCGAACCGGAACUGCGUCCUUCAGUCGAGGCCACGUCUCGCUCCCCACCAGCCACCCCAGCACCCGCUCCGAAGACAGACGCGUGGGAAAUACCGGCCAUCCAGUGCUACGAACCGGAGGACGGCGUUUUCUACGCGCAGAUGGGCCCCACUGGAGGGAAGAGGGGCUACCCCGCCAUCACAGGUCACGUGGGCUGGGGAAUCUCCUGGUACAUAAACGGCCUCCUCAUACCCGAGAUCAACGUCGUACGAGGAAAGACGUACACCUUCGUGGUCGAGGGAGGGCUCGAUCCGGAGACCCCUGCUAGAUACCACCCCUUCUACAUAACAGAUGACCCCAUAGGAGGUUACGAACACAAGACUCGAGAAGAACGAGCGGCGGUUCGCAUUUUUGCCGGGGCGCGACAGAACCGUCGUGGUGACGUGUACCCCACUGCGACCGGAAGAUUGUGCAACUGGAAGCCUGACCCCACUCAGCCCCUUGCAGAAGAGUUCACGUCUUUCGGCGCCUACCAGCGAACACUGAGUCUGGAGUGUGAUCAGGGCGAGCCGGGAAUCCUGCAGUGGACGCCCGACAAGAACACGCCAGCCACCGUCUAUUACCAGUGCUUCUCGCAUCGCUACCUCGGCUGGAAGAUAAAUGUGUUGGAUAAGUGCGACGCCACGCCAGAUCUCAUCCCCGGCCGCGUACCAGCAGACGAAGAAGAUUUGAAUGACGGUGAAGAUGAUGAAGAAGGGGAGUUGCAGUCCAGACCAAGCAUUCAGGUGUCAACUCGGGUCAAGACAAAUGACGUAUUUUUCAACGCAAAAGACGAAUUUUCAAAACAGUCAGAACACAACUACAUCCCACUGACGGAGUUUUCUCAACUUCCCCCUGACGACCGGCAGAAGUUCCAACAGGAAUUUCCUUUCUCAUACGAGUCUGUCACAACCGAGUCGGUUGUACCGGGUGAGGACAACAUCAGAAACGCUUUCGUGCCACCUUCGCCCCUGCUGAAAGAACCAACUUAUGCCGGAGGAUCACCUUCAGGUCUAGUACAAGACACAAACAAUGACACCCUGGUUGCGGUAAGAGAUGAUUAUUUCCUAGUGAACGACAGUCAUACGACACAGGUGGAGACCCAGCACUUGGCUGACAGCCCAAAUUCUUCUGGAUUUGAUACUGAGUAUCCAAAACAAACUACAGUUUCAACCAUAAAAUUAAAUCCUUUUAUUCCUGGUGUCCAGACCACAAUACAGAAUACUACGAUGUUCGAUAGUGCAGCUGCACCGCAGGAAAUAAAUCUGGCGCAGAAUUCUGUAGUAGUCCCCGUGGAUCCCAAGAGGACACCUGUCCUCCACGCCACCACACCACUACCUGUCACGAACUACUCAUCAGUGUCUGAUUCUAAGCAGAAACCAGAAUUAGAGGCAUCACCUACGUCAUCCGUCAGCGUGACAUCAGACAACAAGGUCAAGAUGCCUGUGGUCCCAGUGCUGCUGAGUCCCGGACUGAUGAGCCUGCACACGACCCUCAUCCCUCAAGGGUAUGGUCGAAUCCCCGUGCACCCACAGCUGAUGUUCCAGCGCCCUAUGCAUCCCUACAGCAUGGUAUCACUGCUGCGCCGCCCUGUGCCACACCACCCUUCCGCCUACAUGUAUGCAACCUCUGCUUCCAAUCAGCACAAUUACAUCAUCAAGAAGCCAUACUACCGGCCAGCUCCUGUCCGACCAAUGAGCAUUGCGCCCCAGUUUCAACGCCCCAUGGUCAAGACACGCAUUCCGCUACAGCAAAGCUCCACAGCCCUCAAAACCACCUAUCACUUCACCCAGCCCCUUAAGCUCCACAAGGUAUCCACCAGCACUACAACUCCCUUACCUGAUCCACCACAGACCGAAUCAGACAAAGCAACGUCCAUAAAGCCUUCUCCACCCAUCCUUCCAUCUGACAUCACUGUGCUGGACCCUAAUGACUCCCACAUCCCUGUAGCUAUCAACACCGGCUUCAACCCUCACUCUGUCGUGGUUGAAGGGGGAUUCAAACCCAUCAUUAAGAGCAAGAGUGCACAGGCAGAAGACAGGUCCACAGUAGAGGAUGAGGAGCCUGAUGCUGGCAACAGCAAAACAGAGGAGACAAUAUUGGAACUUGGAUCGGAAGUUGUGGAGGCCAUCGCUGAUGAUGACAGGAAGAACAACCCAUUUCAGGGACAGCAGCCUGAGACAUUUGAACCCAUCUUCAUUCCAUCACCACCAGACAGAAACGCUGCACAGAAUGGCUCUAACGUCAAAAAGCCAAUCUUGGCCGAGGAACUGACUCCACCUGCGGCGCACCUGAACCACCGCCACAGCCCGGAGCCAAACAGAAAGAAUGGGCAGCCAUUCAUGAUGAUACACCCGCGACCUGGGUUAGUGCGUCGCCCUCUGUUCCCCAACAACAUCAUGCCACCUUUCCGUAUCCCGGUCAGAGGUGGGUCUCCCACAUUCAGGUACCAGCAGUCAGACGAUUACACUGAAGGUGAGACGCCAAUGGCAGCUGAGCGCAUGGACAGCUACCUUCCACUGGAUGAUAGCUCCAUCCCGUCAGUUGUGGUUACCUACGACGGCAAAUCCGUCGAAUCAUCAAUUCCCCCAGCACCAGCUGCAAUGAGGGAUGUCAGAUUCCCAGUUGGUACAGCAGAUUUGAUCAGAGCAACACCACAAUUUGCACCAUUCCAAGGAGAAGUCCCACCACCUGUGCCCAACGUGAUCAGCCCAGAGAGCAUUCCGCAGCUCAGUAAGGAAAACCAGCAGCGGGCACAGACGCUACCAGAACAAUUCAAACAGCAGAACGAUGGAUUUUCACGCCUUCCACCAAUUGAAAGAUCGCAGUUUAUGAUAGCAGCAAACAAGGGGCACAAGCCCAAGAAACAAGCUAUUAAGAAAGCUGCAAGCUUUAAAGAAGAAGGUGAAAUCAUGAGCACAGUAGAUGACAGGUGGCCAUUCUCAACAAACCAAGAAAAUGAGCAGCAAACAGAAGGAAGUGCAGCCACGACAGAAGUACCUGAGGAAUUCAGAUUCAAACAACUGGCAGAUGGAACGCCAAAGAGCAAACUAGCAGAGCAAAGAGAAAAGAGGUCAGCACAUCACGAGCCAGGGCAUGUGGGUUAUGAUGACCAACAGCAUUCAGGUCAGAACCGCUCCAACCAUCAACAGUUAGACCACGAUCACACCAAUCACCAGGAGUCUGACCACGAAGACCACUCUCAGCACAAACAGAUUCUAGUAGAAGUAAUAGACGUGGCAGCUGCCAUCACUGCAUUGGUGGCCGAUACAACAGCUGCGAGUGCAUUUCUGAGAGAACUGCCUGACGCCGAAGUCUCCGAAGAGCAUUCUAUGGAGUCAAUAUUAACUAACUCAAUGACGCAGAGUUCUCCUUCAGAAGCUAAUAGUUGCUCCCUUAGACAACCAAUUCCCUUCCUUUUAUGA